UUAAUCAGCUUUACAAAAUGGAUCCAGAGAUCUUCACAACAUGGUGCAAUAUUCUUAAGCGUGUACCAAAUAGUGCCUUAUGGCUUCUGAGAUUUCCUGCUGCUGGCGAGAGUAAUGUGCGAGCCUUUGCUGCUGCACAGGGUGUUCGACCUGAACAGAUUAUUUUCACUGAUGUAGCUGCUAAGAGUGAACAUAUACGUCGCAAUGCAUUGGCUGACCUUCUCCUUGACACGCCAUUAUGCAACGCACACACUACUGGCACAGAUAUUCUUUGGGCUGGUCUGCCUAUGAUAACUUUGCCUCUUGAAAAGAUGGCUACACGGGUGGCUGGAUCUUUGUGUCAUGCCACAGGCUGGAUCUUUUAACCUGCGAAGGAGGGU